CUGUGAGCUGUCACCCAGCGUUUCUCAGGAGGGAAGAGUUGGGGAGGCUCUGGCAGCUUGGAAAACUUAAACUUUAAAGUCACUGGUUUAAAAAGUACACUGAGUGGAUUAUCGGUUUGGACCCUAGUUGAUGGAAAGUGUGCUUCUUCAUUAUUGUAAAGUCACUUUGGGAUUUUGAUUCAGUCAGACCCACUAAAAGUGUUUCAUGAUGGAGACAGAAGAAGUUGAGGAAGAGUAUGAGGAGUAUGAGGAAGAAGUGGUGGAGGAGUAUCAUGGGAAGAGUUCGACUACCAUCACUUCCUCUACCACAUCACAUCAGUCUCAGUCUGGACCCGGAGGACUUCCUGUACGCAAAGUCAGAAAGAAGGUCAAAGUGGACACAUCCAAAUUCAUGACCCCUUAUCUGGCACACAGCCAAAAGAUGCUGGACCAGUACAGCCACAACAAGUAUAGAGAGGGUUAUGAGAAGUCCAAGGGGCAACCCUACCAAAUUUCAGCUGAAACACCUGAGAUGAUUCGCAUCAAGAAGGCCCAGGAGCAGCUCAGUGAGGUGAAAUACCGUAUGGAGGGACUGAAGGCUAAAACCAUGAGCAUGUACGGUGGUGAGGCUCGUGAAAUCGCACAUGUUAAAAAUGUCUCUGAUCUUGUCAGCAAAGUUUUAUACAGACAGAAAUGGGAUGAGACCAAAGACAGAUACUUGCUUCCUCCUGAUGCCCCUGAGUUGGUUUUGGCUGUGAAAAAUGCCGCUAAUUUCAGCAAGAAACGAUACACACAGGACUGGGAUGAGGACAAGACCACAUACUUCCCAUACAGUGACAGUCCAGAGCUGCGCCGAGUGGCCAAAGCCCAGGAAGUCCUCAGUGAUGUUAAAUACAAGAAGGGUCAUGAUGAGCGUAAGGCAAAGUACACACCUCUGGCUGAUCCCCCUGAGAUGGAACAGGCCAAGAAAAACUUUGAGAAUCGCAGUAACCUCAAGUACCAUGCGGACUACAACAAGAAUGUCAAGGGCAAGUGGUGUGAGACUCCCUACUUUGACAUUGCAGUUGGAAGGAUGGUCAUGGAUAACUUGAGUGAUAAAAAAUACACAUCUGCUUAUGAAGACAUGAAAGAUCAAAUAUAUUUCAUGCAAACUGAGACCCCAACAUAUGAGGCAAACAAGAAAGCUGGUCACUCUGCAAGCUCGGUCAAAUACAAGAAGGAGUAUGAAAAGACAAAAGCUGCAUCAGAUUACAACACACUUCCAGCUACAGACAACCCCCUCCUCAGACAACUGAGAUACGCCGGCACCAUCUUGAGUGAUAACGUGUAUAAAAAGAGCUACGAGAAAUCAAAAGGAUUCAGCAUCAACUACUGUGAUACCCCGAAGUUCAAGAUGGACAAUGUCCUCAAAAAGUUCAGUGAUCUACACUAUAAAGAUAACUAUGAAAAUAAGAUCAAAGGACACUAUGUUGGCAGCUAUGAAGAUGUAUUAAUGCUUCACUGCCAGAGAGUGGAGGAGUUAAAGAAUGAUAAAAUGUAUAAAGCUGAUUAUGACGAUAUGAAGACAAGGUGCUUCUUUCCUCAAACAUUAACACCUGAAUAUGAAGCGAUGAAAAAAGUUGAUCAGUGUAAAGAUAAAGUAUAUAAACAACAUCCAGACAAAGUAAAGUUCACACAAGUAACAGAUUCACCUGUCCAAGUACAAGCUGCCAUCAACGCCAAACAGCUGAGUGAUCUAAAUUACAAGGCACAGCAUGAAAAGGAGAAGUUUAAGUGUUACCUGCCUCCUGAUUACCCCUUCUUCAUUCAGUCCAGAGUAAAUGCUUACAACCUCAGUGAUACAUGUUACAAGUUUGAUUGGGAAAAGACAAAAGCAAAGAAAUUUGAAGUUAAGGGUGAUGCCAUCCCUAUCCUUGCUGCCCGUGCCCACACCAACAUUGCGAGUGAUGUAAAAUACAAAAAGGAAUACGAAAAGGCCAGAGGACACAUGGUUGGUGCCCUGAGCAUUAAUGAUGACCCAAAGAUUAUGCAUUCAGUUCACAUUGCUAGGAUCCAGAGUGAACGUGAAUAUAAAAAGGAUUAUGAAAAGAUGAAGACCAAAUACCAUACACCACUGGACAUGAUGCAAGUUACAUUAGCAAAGAAGUCUCAGGCCAUUGCCAGCAUGCUCGGCUACAAAAAUAUCAUCAACCGCUACCUCAUGCCACCUGACAGCGUGGCACUGGAACAGGCAAAAAGAGCAAAUAUUAUUCAAAGUGAUAAUGAUUACAAGUCAGAUUACAACAGCUACACUAAAGGAUCUCCCUGGGUGCCUUAUGGAUCACUGGAUGUUGAAAAAGCCAAGAAAGCUGGAGAGAUCCUAAGUGAGAAAAAAUACAGACAACACCCAGACAAAAUAAAAUUCACUUCUAUUGAUGACCACCCCAUCACACGGCAAGCUAAGGUCAACCAGAUGCUCAGGAGUGACAUACAUUACAAGAAAGGCCUUGAGGCGGUCCAUCAAAAAUAUUCCCUGCCUCCUGAUGUUCCUGAGUUCAUCCAGGCCAAGUGUAAUGCUUAUAACAUCAGCAAUAAAUAUUACAAGCUUGCAUUGGAGGACCUCUAUUCAAAGGGGUAUGAUCUAAAGACUGAUGCCAUCCCCAUCCGUGCUGCCAAGGCAGCAAGGCAUGCAGCCAGUGAUGUCCAGUACAAGAAAGAAUACAUAAAGAACAGAGGCCAUCACGUUGGUUUCCGUAACCUUCAGGACGACCCUCUGCUGGUGCACUACAUGCAAGUGGCUAAAAUGCAGAGUGAAAAGAACUACAAGAAGGACUAUCACAAAGCUAAACUGAAGUACCACACUCCAGUGGACAUGAUGAGUGUUGCACAUGCCAAACAUUCAUCUAAAGUUCAGACGUUUACAGGAUACAAACAACCUAUUCAUCACUACACACUCCUGCCAGAUGCCAUGAACCUGAACCUGGCUCGUACCAUGAACAACCUUUCUAGUGAUUACAACUACAAGUCAGACUAUGAAGGAUCUAUGAAAGGUGUCGGCUGGAUUCCCAUUGGCUCACUGGAUGUAGAGAAAGCUAAGGCUGCUGGCAAAGCUCUCGAUGAGAAGAAGUACAGGCAGCAUCCAGAUACCAUCAAGUUUACCAGCGUCGCAGACAGCCCUGUUAUGGAGCAAGCCAAACUGAAUGCACUGCAGCUAAGCGACAAACUGUACAAAGCCAGUGGAGAGAAGUUCAUGCACACCUACCAUCUCCCACAUGAUUCACCAGAGUUUCUGCAGGCCAAGUACAACGCUGUCAAUGUCAGCCAAACAUUCUACAAAUAUGCACACAAGCAGGAUCUUUUGAAAGGACAUCAGAUGAAGCAAGAUGCUAUCCCAAUUGUUGCUGCUAAGACCACAAGGGAUAUUGCUAGUGAUUACAAGUAUAAGCUUGCAUACCAGAAGGCUAGAGGCCAUCACGUUGGCUUCCGUAGUCUUCAGGACGACCCACUGCUGGUGCACUACAUGCAAGUGGCUAAAAUGCAGAGUGAAAAGAACUACAAGAAAGACUAUCACAAAGCUAAACUGAAGUACCACACUCCAGUAGACAUGAUGAGUGUUGCACAUGCCAAACAUGCAUCUAAAGUUCAGACAUUUGCAGGAUACAAACAACCUAUUCAUCACUACACACUCCUGCCAGGUGCCAUGAACCUGGACCUGGCUAAAGCCAUGCAGGAAAUUCAGAGUGAUAAUGUCUACAAGUCAGAGUACAACAACAUAAUGAAGGGAGCAGGAUGGGUUCCAAUCGGCUCUCUGGAUGUUGAGAAAGCCAAGACAGCCAAAGCUGCUCUGGAUGAGAAGCAUUAUAGGGUUCACCCGAGCACUUUGAAGUUCAGCAGUCUGACAGACCAAAUUAACAUGACUUUAGCCUUGAGUAACACCAAGCAGAUGCAUCCUUAUGCAUACAAAGCUUCUGGAGAGAAGUUCAUGCACACCUACCACUUGCCAGCAGACAGCCCACAGUUUCUGCAGGCCAAGUAUAAUGCCCAGACUAUGAGUGAGGCACAUUACAAGUCUCAGUGGAUUGCUGACAUUGCUAAAGGACAUGACAUGAAAGUCGAUGCUAUCCCGAUAGUUGCUGCCAAACAUGGAAGACAUAUUGCCAGCAUGUUCCAGUACAAAAAAGAAUACGAGAAGGCUAGAGGCCAUCAUGUAGGCUUCCGUAGUCUUCAGGACGACCCACUGCUUGUGCACUACAUGGAAGUAGCCAAGAUGCAGAGUGAAAAGAACUACAAGAAGGAUUAUCACAAGGCUAAACUGAAGUACCACACUCCAGUGGACAUGUUGAGUGUUGUGCAGGCCAAAAACGCAUCUAAAGUUCAGACAAAUGCAGGUUACAAGCAGCUAAUCCAUAAUUACACCCUGCUUCCUGAUGCCAUGAACCUAGAGCUGGCACGCAACAUGAAUGCCAGUUCCAGCGAUGUCUUGUAUAAGAGUGAGUACAACUACUCUAUGAAAGGUCUCGGAUGGGUGCCUAUUGGCUCACUAGGGGUUGAGACAGCGAAGGUUGGUGGAGAAAUACAGAGCGAGAAGAAGUACCGCACUCACCCUUCCAAAUACAAAUUUCAAAAGAAUAUGGAUUCCAUGGACCUGGUCUUAGCCACAGCCAACAAUCAGAUCAUGAACAAGCAAGCCUAUAAUGCUGCAUGGAACAAUGACAAACUGAAAAUCCAUGUGAUGCCUGACAGCCCUGAAUUUAUCCUUGCCAAAGCCAAUGCAGUAAAUAUGAGCCAGAAACUUUACAAAGCUGGCCUUGAGGAACUGAGUAAGAAGGGCUAUGACCUCAAACCAGAUGCAAUUUCUAUAGUUGCUGCCAAACAAGGAAGACAUAUUGCUAGCAAUUUCCAGUACAAGAAAGAAUUCGAGAAGGCUAGGGGCCAUCACGUUGGCUUCCGUAGUCUUCAGGACGACCCACUGCUGGUGCACUACAUGCAAGUGGCCAAGAUCCAGAGUGAGAGAAACUACAAAAAGGACUAUAACAAGUCUAAACUAAAGUUCCACUCUCCUGUUGACAUGCAGAGUGUUGUGCAGGCCAAAAAUGCAUCUAAAGUUCAGACAGACAUAGGUUACAAGCAGCUGAUCCAUCAUUACACACUGCUACCUGAUGCCAUGAACCUACAGCUGGCACGCAACAUGAACAUCAGUUCCAGCAAUGUUGAAUACAAGAGUGAUUACAACGCAUACAUGAAAGGAGUUGGAUGGGUGCCCAUCGGCUCACUUGGAGUUGAAACUGCAAAAGUUGGAGGGCAGAUAAUAAGCGAGAAUAAGUAUCGCACUCAUCCCUCCAAAUAUACCUUUCAGAAGAACAUGGACUCCAUGGAUCUGGCCUUAGCAUCUGUCAACAAUCAGAUCAUGAACAAACAAGCUUACACAGCUGCUUGGAACAAGGACAAAACUAAGAUCCAUAUCAUGCCUGACAGCCCAGAGAUUCUUCUAGCAAAGGCCAAUGCAGUAAUUAUGAGUCAGAAAGCCUACAAAGCUGGAAUGGAGGCUGCAAAGAAAAAAGGUUAUGACCUUAAAGCGGAUGCCAUACCUUUGAUUGCAGCCAAGACUUCAACACGUAUUGCCAGCGAUGUCAAGUAUAAACUGGACCAUGUGAAGGCUAGAGGCCAACACAUUGGCUUCCGUAGUCUUCAGGAUGAUCCACUGCUGGUGCACUACAUGCAAGUAGCCAAGAUCCAGAGUGAGAGAAACUACAAGAAGGAUUACCACAAAUCUAAGCUGAAGUUUCACUCUCCGGUAGAUAUGUGGAGUGUUGUACAGGCCAAGCAGGCUUCUGCUAUUCAGACCAAUGCGGGAUACAAGCAGCACAUUGCUCGGUACACAGUUCUGCCUGAUGCUAUGAACCUGGAGCUGGCUCGCAACAUGCAAGUGAUAGCUAGUGAUAAUGUCUAUAAGAGUGAAUAUAACAGCUACAUGAAAGGAGUGGGUUGGAUUCCCAUUGGUUCACUGGAUGUGGAAAAAGCCAAGAAUGCCAGUCGUAUAGGCAGUGAAAAACUCUACCGCACACCAGCAAGUAACUUUAAGUUCACCAAAGACAUGUCCUCCAUGGACCUGGUUCUAGCUCAAACCAACAAUCAGAUCAUGAACAAGAAAAGCUAUACCCAGGCCUGGGAUGCUGACAAAACAUCAGUCCACAUCAUGCCAGAUGCAAUGGAUGUUGUUCUUGCAUGCCAGAAUAAAGCUAACUAUAGUGAGAAAUUGUACAAACUUGCCAAUGAACUGGCCAAGAAGAAAGGCUACGACAUGCGCACUGAUGCUAUUUCCAUCAAGGCAGCAAAGGCAUCCACAAUGAUUGCUAGUGAUUACAAAUAUAAAACUGGAUAUCGUAAGCAAGUUGGCCACCACAUUGGAGCCCUCAGCAUCCGAGAUGACCCACUGCUCAUGCUGGCCCUGAACUCAGCUAAGAUUGCUAGUGAUGCCUUGUACAAGAAGGACUUCAACAAAUCCAAGACCAAAUUCCACCUCCCAGUAGACAUGCUGGCAUUCGAACUGGCCAAGAAAAACCAGAUCCAAGUCAAUGACGCCAACUACAGAACUUACCUGCACAACUGGACCUGCCUGCCAGACGCCAAUGAUGUUGUUCAGGCCAGACAAGCCUAUGACCUACAGAGUAAUGCUGUAUAUAAGGCUGAUCUGAAAUGGCUGCAAGGUCUGGGAUGGAUUCCUAUUGGUUCUGUUGAUGUAGAGAAAGCAAAGAAAGCUGGAGAGGCUUUGAGUGAAAAGAAAUAUCGUCAGGCCCCAAGCAACUUCAAGUUCACAUGCACAACUCAAGACAUACCAAUGGUCUUGGCUAAAGCCAAUAAUGAUAAUAUGAACAAGAAAUCCUAUGUCCAAGCUUGGGAGAAUGAUAAGACUAAGAUCCACAUCAUGCCUGAUGCCAUGGAUGUUGUCCUUGCCAAACAGAACAAAGUGAAUUACAGCGAGAAACAAUACAGACUUGCCAAUGAACUGGCCAAGAAGGAAGGCUAUGACUUGCGCAGUGAUGCUAUUUCUAUUAAAGCUGCUAAAGCUUCCCGGGAUAUUGCUAGUGAUUACAAAUAUAAAACUGGAUAUCGUAAGCAAGUUGGCCACCACAUUGGAGCCCUCAGCAUCCGAGACGACCCACUGCUCAUGCUGGCCUUGAACUCAGCUAAGAUUGCUAGUGAUGCCUUGUACAAGAAGGACUUCAACAAAUCCAAGACCAGAUUCCACCUCCCAGUAGACAUGCUGGCAUUCGAACUGGCCAAGAAAAACCAGAUCCAAGUCAAUGACACCAACUACAGAACUUACCUGCACAACUGGACCUGCCUGCCAGACGCCAAUGAUGUUGUCCAGGCUAGACAGACCUAUGCUCUCCAGAGUGAUGCUGUCUAUAAGGCUGAUCUGAAAUGGCUGCAAGGUCUGGGAUGGAUUCCUAUUGGUUCUCUUGAUGUAGAGAAAGCGAAGAAAGCAGGAGAAGCUUUGAGUGAAAGAAAAUAUCGUCAGCACCCCAGCAACUACAAGUUCACGUGCACAACUCAAGACAUACCAAUGGCUUUGGCUAAAGCCAAUAAUGAAAUUAUGAACAAGAAAAACUACAUUCAAGCUUGGGAAAAUGAUAAGACCAAGAUCCAUGUCAUGCCAGAUGCAAUAGAAGUGCUCCAUGCAAAACAAAACAAGUUAAACUACAGUGAGAAACUGUAUAAACUUGCCAAUGAGGAAGCCAAGAAGAAGGGCUAUGAUUUGAGAAAUGAUGCCAUUUCAAUUAAAGCAGCCAAGGCCUCCAGAGAUAUCAUCAGUGAUUACAAAUAUAAAACUGGAUAUCGUAAGCAAGUUGGCCACCACAUUGGAGCUCUCAGCAUCCAAGACGACCCACUGCUCAUGCUGGCCUUGAACUCAGCCAAGAUUGCUAGUGAUGCUCUGUACAAGAAGGACUUCAACAAAUCCAAGACUAAAUUCCACCUCCCAGUAGACAUGCUGGCAUUCGAACUGGCCAAGAAAAACCAGAUCCAAGUCAAUGACACCAACUACAGAACUUACCUGCACAACUGGAUCUGCCUACCAGACUCCAAUGAUGUUGUCCAGGCCAGACAAGCCUAUGACCUACAGAGUGAUAAUGUUUAUAAGGCUGAUUUAAAAUGGCUGCAAGGUCUGGGAUGGGUGCCUAUUGGUUCUCUUGAUGUAGAGAAAGCAAAGAAAGCUGGAGAGGCUUUGAGUGAAAGGAAAUAUCGUCAGCACCCAAGCAACUACAAGUUCACAUGCACAACUCAGGACAUACCAAUGGCUUUGGCUAAAGCCAAUAAUGAAAUCAUGAACAAGAAAAAUUACAUUGCCGCUUGGGAGAGUGAUAAGACCAAGAUUCAUGUCAUGCCAGAUGCAAUAGAAGUGCUCCAUGCAAAACAAAACAAGUUAAACUACAGUGAGAAACUAUACAAGCUUGCCAAUGAAGAAGCUAAAAAGAAGGGAUAUGACAUGCGCGGUGAUGCGAUUUCUAUUAAAGCUGCCAAGGCAUCAAGAGACAUCAUCAGUGAUUACAAGUACAAGACUGGUUAUCGUAAGCAAGUUGGCCACCACAUAGGAGCCCGCUGUGUCCAGGAUGACCCACUGAUGAUGCUGGCCUUAAACUCAGCCAAGAUUGCUAGUGAUGCUCUAUACAAGAAGGACUUCAACAAAUCCAAGACCAGAUUCCACCUCCCAGUAGACAUGCUGUCUCUUGAGCUGGCUAAGAAAUGCCAGAUCCAAGUCAAUGACGCCAACUACAGAACUUACCUGCACAACUGGACCUGCCUGCCAGACUCCAGUGAUGUUGUCCAGGCCAGACAGGUCUAUGACCUCCAAAGUGAUAAUGUUUAUAAGGCUGACUUAAAAUGGCUGCAAGGUCUUGGAUGGAUUCCUAUUGGUUCAAUUGAGAUAGAGAAAGUGAAAAAAGCUGGUGAGGCUCUAAGUGAAAGAAAAUAUCGUCAUCACCCAAGCAACUACAAGUUCACACUCACAACUGAGGACAUGCCAAUUGUCUUGGCUAAAGCCAAUGCAACCAUCGGCAAUAAGAAACUCUACACUGAGGCCUGGGACAAGGAAAAGACCAAGAUUCAUGUUAUGCCUGAUGCUAUGGAUGUUGUGUUGGCAAAACAAAACAACAUCAAUUACAGCGAGAAACGGUACAAACUUGCCAAUGAAGAAUCCAAGAAAAAAGGGUACGACAUGAGAAGUGAUGCCAUUUCUGUCAAAGCAGCCAAAGCAUCUAGAGAUAUAAUCAGUGAUUAUAAAUACAAGACUGGAUAUCGUAAGCAAGUUGGCCACCACAUAGGGGCCCGCUGUGUCCAGGAUGACCCACUGAUGAUGCUGGCCAUGAACUCAGCCAAGAUUGCUAGUGAUGCUCUGUACAAGAAGGACUUCAACAAAUCCAAGACCAGAUUCCACCUCCCAGUGGACAUGCUGUCUCUUGAGCUGGCCAAGAAAUGUCAGAUCCAAGUCAAUGAUGUCAACUACAGAACUUACCUGCACAACUGGACCUGCCUACCAGACUCCAAUGACGUUGUCCAGGCCAGGAAAGUCUAUGACCUAAGAAGUGAUGCUGUGUACAAGGCAGAUCUUGAGGACUUAAAGGGCGUAGGAUGGGUCCCCAUUGGUUCACUGGAUGUCUUAAAAGCAAAGAAAGCAGCAGAGAUCCUUAGUGAUCGCCUCUACAAGCAGAAACCAGAGACUUUUAAAUACACACAAGAUAUGCAGUCCAUACCCAUGGUUUUGGCAAAGACCAAUGCUGACAUUAUGAAUCAACGGCAAUACAUUUCAGCCUGGGAUGCUGAUAAGGUCAAGAUCCAUGUUAAUCCAGAUACACCAGAAAUUCUGCUCUCCAAAGCUAAUGCUAUUAUCAACAGCAAGAAACUAUACAGGCAAGGAGUCGAGGACAGCUUUAGGAAGGGUUAUGACAUUAAAUCUGAUGCUGUCUCCAUCAAAGCUGCCAAAGCCUCCAGAGACAUUAUUAGUGAUUAUAAAUACAAGACUGGAUAUCGUAAGCAAGUUGGCCACCAUAUUGGAGCCCGAUGUGUUCAGGAUGACCCACUGAUGAUGCUGGCCAUGAACUCAGCCAAGAUUGCUAGUGAUGCUCUGUACAAGAAGGACUUCAACAAAUCCAAGACCAGAUUCCACCUCCCAGUGGACAUGCUGUCUCUUGAGCUGGCCAAGAAAUGUCAGAUCCAAGUCAAUGAUGUCAACUACAGAACUUACCUGCACAACUGGACCUGCCUACCAGACUCCAAUGAUGUUGUCCAGGCUAGGAAAGUCUAUGACCUAAGAAGUGAUGCUGUUUACAAAGCUGAUAUGGAAUGGAUUAAAGGCUCAGGUUGGAUUCCUAUUGGGUCACUUGAGGUAGAAAAGGUUAAAAAGGCUGGGGAAAUCCUAAGUGACAGAAAAUACCGCAAACAUCCAAGCAACUACAAGUUUACUAGCCUUACAGACUCUGUACCAAUGGCUCUUGCACAGGCCAAUGCUAAGAUCAUGGACCAGAGAGCAUAUGUUGAUGCCUGGAAUAAGGAUAAGAUCAACAUACAUGUCAUGCCAGACACACCAGAGAUCAUGCUAGGCAGGCUUAACAAACUCAACAACAGCUAUAAAUACUAUCGCCAACAUUAUGAUGACAGCCUAAAGAAAGGAUAUUUCCUACCAAAGGACGCUGUUGCUGUCAAAUCUGCCAGGGCCUCCAGGGAUAUCAUUAGCGAUUACAAGUACAAAACCGGGUACAGAAAGCAGCAAGGACAUCACAUUGGAGCUCGCAGCGUCCAGGAUGACCCACUGAUAGUGCUGGCCUUGAACUCUGGUAAAAUUGCUAGUGAUGUCCUGUACAAGAAGGACUUCAACAAAUCCAAGACCAGAUUCCACCUCCCAGUGGACAUGCUGUCUCUUGAGCUGGCUAAGAAAUGCCAAAUACAAGUCAAUGAUGUCAACUACAGAACUUACCUGCACAACUGGACCUGCCUACCUGACUCCAAUGAUGUUGUCCAGGCUAGGAAAGUGUAUGAUCUGCGCAGUGAUGCUGUAUACAAGUCUGACCUAGAGUGGAUCCGUGGAUGUGGCUGGUUGCCACAUGGCUCUCUUGAGGUUCUUAAAGUCAAAAAUGCCCAGAAGAUCCUCAAUGACAAACUGUACAAACAACAUCCCAGCACAGUGCCAUUCACAAGUGCAGCGGAUUUGCCUUCUAUUGUCUUGGCCAAGCAGAAUGCUAUUAUUCGUAGUGACAGGAAAUAUAGAGAAGCCUGGGAUAAUGAAAAAACCACUAUCCACAUGCAGCCAGACACUCCAGAAAUUACUCUCUCCAAGGCUAAUGCUAUUGCGUUUAGCAAUAGAUUGUACACCAAAGACUGGGAUCACGCAAAAGCAAAAGGAUACCAGAUCAAAGAAGAUGCCAUUGCUGUUCUAAAGGCCAAAGCAUCUAGAGAUAUUGCUAGUGACUAUAAAUACAAGGCUGGUUAUCGUCAGCGACUUGGACACCAUAUUGGAGCACGUUGUGUCCAGGAUGACCCACUGAUCAUGCUGGCCCUAAAUUCUGCUAAAAUUGCUAGUGAUGUCCUGUAUAAGAAGGACUUCAACAAAUCCAAAACCAAAUUCAACCUCCCUGCUGAUAUGUUGUCACUUGAGCUGGCUAAAAAAUGCCAGAUACAGGUCAAUGAUGCCAACUACAGAACUUUCCUUCACAACUGGACCUGCCUGCCAGACUCCAAUGAUGUAGUCCAGGCCCGGAAGGCUUAUAAUCUCCAGAGUGACGCUGUAUAUAAAUCUGAUAUGGAGUGGAUAAAGGGAUGUGGCUGGAGCCCCCAUGAAUCUGUUGAAGUCAUAAAGGUGAAGAAUGCCCAGAAGGUCUUGGCUGAGAGAGGCUACCGUGUGAAGCUGGAUGAACAAAAGUACACCACUCCUGCCGACAGAGUUGACCUUGUUUGUGCCAAAAAUGCUGCAAAUGUGCUGAAUGAGGCAAGCUACCGUGAGGCCUGGCACAAUGAUAAAAUCAAAUACACAAUGCUGGAUACCCCACUGCUGGCAACAGCCAGGGAGGUGUCCAAGAACGUUCACCCACUUCUCUACACCAAGGACUGGGAAAAGACUAAAGCUAAGUCAUAUUUCAUGCCUGGUGAUGCCGUUCCUAUUAAGCAAUGCAUAAGCACAACCAAAGUGCAGAGCAAUUACAAGUAUAAGGAGGGAUAUCGUAAGCAAGUUGGCCACCACAUUGGAGCCCGCAGUGUUCAGGAUGAUCCACUGCUCAUGCUGGCCAUAAACUCAGCCAGAAUUGCUAGUGAUGCCCUGUACAAGAAGGACUUCAACAAAUCCAAAACCAAAUUCAACCUUCCUGUAGACAUGUUGGCUUUUGAACUAGCCAAGAAGUGUCAGAGACAGGUCAACGAUGAUAACUACAGAACUUACCUGCACAACUGGACCUGCCUGCCAGAUCAAAACGAUGUCAUCCAGGCCCGCAAAGCCUAUAAUCUUGCCAGUGAUAAUGUCUACAAGUCAGAUUUGGAAUGGAUCCGUGGUUGUGGAUGGGUAGCAGCUGACUCAGUCGACCAUGUCAAAGUCAAGAAAGCCCAAGAAAUCCUUAAUGAAAGAAUGUACAAGAAAAAUGCUAAAGAUAACUUUGGCAGGUUCACCCAUGUUGUUGAUCGACCUGAAGUUAUACUGGCCAAGGUUAAUGCCAUCAAUCUCAGUGAUCUAAAAUACAAAGAGUCCUUCAACCUGGAAAAGGGCCACUACAUUGGAUCUGAUGACACACCACAACUGGCCCACAGCAGAGAGGUCUCAAAAAUCCUCAGUGAGAAACUGUACAAACUUGGCUGGGAUGAAGCUAAAGCCACUGGGUACCAGCUAAACCAUGAAUACCUCCCUCUUAAAUCAGCCAAGAAGACCAGGGACAUUGUCAGUGAUGUUAAGUACCACCAUGCCCAUGAGAAAGCUAAGGGUCAUUACAUGGCCAACACUCUGGUUGACUUUCCUGAGGUGAUCCGUUCCGGUCAAAUGGAAAAGAUUAAAAAUAUGAGAGAUUACCAGAAGAACUAUCACACGACCAAGACUAAGCUCCACAUUCCUGCUGACAUGAUCAGCCAUGUAGUUGCAAAGAAAUGCCAAGACAUCCUGAGUGAUGUGCGGUAUCGCACCUACCUGCACCAGUGGACUUGCCAUCCUGAUCAGGACGAUGCUAUCCGUGCCCGCAAGGCUAACGAGAUCUUAAGUGAUGUGUUCUACAAAGAUGAUUUGAACUGGAUGAAGGGUAUUGGGUGCUACGUCUGGGAUACACCAGAAAUUGUGCGUGCCAAGAAGUCUUAUGAGCUUCAGAGUGAUAUCAUGUACAAGGCAGAAGGCAAGAAAGAGUUCAACAACUACUCGAUUGUGACAGACACCCCUGUGUAUGUGACCGCUAUACUGGGCCACACCUGGGCCAGUGAGCUGAACUACAGAGAGGCUUAUCACAAAGAGAAGCACUUGUACACUACAAUCUUGGACACCUAUGACUAUGCAAGAUGCUUCAACCUGAAGCAAAUCUACAGCACGAAAGCAUAUUCUGCCAUCUGGGACAGAAUCAAGGCCAAGAGCUACAGUAUCCCACAUGACUCCCAUGCUCUGGCCCAUGCCAAGCAGCAGAAGGUCAUUUUAAGCAAUGUGAAAUACAAGGAAGAUUAUGAGAAGUUUAAGUCUCUGUACAGCCUGCCUAAAUGCUUGGAGGAUGACCCAGCCACUGCUAGAUGCAUCAAAGCUGGAAAACUCAAUCUGGAUCGUCUGUACAGAGGAAACUGGGAAAAGACCAAAGCCAAAGUCCACGUGCCUGCUGAUAUGCUAGAUGUGGUGGCUUCCCGCAACACCCAGAAAAUGAUCAGUAAUGUUGACUAUCGUAAAUACCUGCACCAGUGGAUCUGCCUGCCUGACAUGCAGGUUUAUACUCAUGCCCGCAAAGUCAAUGAACAGCUGAGUGAUAUUUUCUACAAAGACGAUCUGAACUGGCUUAAAGGUGUUGGCUGCUAUGCAUGGGACACUCCUGAGAUUCUGCGUUGUAAGCAAGCUAUGAAGCUGCAGAGUGAGAAUCAAUACAGAGCUAAAGGAAUUGACCACUUUAAGAACUACUCAGUGGUAACUGAUACCCCUGUGUAUGAGACAUGCAAGACGAGCGCCCACAACCUGAGUGAUAUUAACUAUCGCUAUGACUAUAUCACCAAUGUGAAGGGUAAAUACACUGCUCCUGCCACCACUGUGGAAACAGAAAGAGCUCGUUUGGCCAAUUACAUCCAGAGUGAUCACAUAUACAAAGAGGCAAGCAAGAGCUUCAUGCCCCAUGGCUAUGCUCUUCCAUAUGACACUCCACUCCACAAGCAAGUUAAGGCCAACAACAUCAUUGCCAGCAACGUGAAGUACAAGGAAGCAUAUGAGCUUAUGAAAGCCAGAAGCUACAAACUGGACCCCAAUGGUGUCAAUUUUGUUAAUAUUAGAAAGACCAACCAGGUCACUAAUGAAAGAUUAUACCGCCAAGAUUAUGAAAAGCAUAAGGAUAAAGUUCACUCUGUGUAUGACACCCCAGAGAUCAAGCAGGUUAAGGCCACCCAGGAGGCCAUCAGUGAUGUUUGUUAUAAAGAGAAGUACUACAAUAGUAGAGGAACUCUCCUGCCAAUGCCUAUAACACCACAGCUGAUGCACUGCUUCCAUGUCAAUGAGCUCAACAGUGAUCUGAAAUACAAAGAGGACCUGCAAUGGAUGAGAGGCAUUGGUUGCUUUGUCUUUGACACCCCUGAGAUGGUCCGCAUCCAAGGACUCAACAAAUAUAGGGCUUCUUAUGAAGUUGAUGCCAAAAAGAACUUCGCUAACUUCUCAGUGGUACUGGAGACACCAGAAUACAAGCGAGUGUCUGAGUUAAAGUCUCACAUAAGUGAAAGGGUAUACAAAGCUGAUGGCAAUGUGCAGAAGACGAAGUGCAGCAGUACCGUAGAUGCUUUGGAAAUCAAGAGAGCUAAAUGGGCCCAGACUCUAACAAACAAGUGGCUGUACACUGAUCUGGCCUCCAAAGAGAGAGCCUUCUACACCCCAGAGCUAAACACACCCACCAUGGUGCAUUCCAGAUCUAUGAAAGUGGUGUUCAGUGAGAACAAGUACAAAGAGCAGUAUGAAAAGAUGAAGCACAAGUACACGCCAAUCCAUGACACACCUCUUUUAAUCCGUGCCAAAAAGGCUUACCUCAAUUCCAGUGAUCUGCGCUACAAGGAGACCUUUGAGCUGUCUAAAGGACACUACCACACUGCUAAGGAUGCCAUAGACAUUGUCGUUGCUAAGCGGGUCAGAGAUGACAUCAGUGAGGUUAGGUACAGGGAAAAGUACAUCAGCUCGCUGGGUACCUGGAAGUCCAUCCCAGAUCGUCCUGAGUUUUUCCACAGCAGAGUUGUAAGAGAUUGCAUCAGUGAUGUUAAGUACAAAGAAGAUUUGGACUGGAUCAAGGGCAUUGGCUGUUAUGUGUGGGACACCCCUGAACUGGUGAAGGCUGAGCAUAACAAGACUCUGUACAGUGAGAGGCUGUACAAGGCAUCUUAUGAAAAGAACAAGGGCAACUUCAAGUACACAAGUGACACACCCUUCUUUACGGCUGCCAAAAAUGCUACAGUCAUAGCCAACGAUAGAUCCUAUCGUGCUGCCUAUGAGAAGUCUAAGGAUAAGUACAGCAUAGUUGUAGAUGACCCUAGAAACAUCAUGGCUAAAGAAGCCAACAAGCUGAGCCAGUGGAAGUACAGGGAACAAUAUGAGCGUCUCAAGUCCAAGUACACGUCAAUACUGGAGACCCCUGAGCACCAGAUCCACAAGCGCAGAAAGCAGAUCAGUGAUAUCACGUACAAGAUGGAGUAUAACAAGAAUAAGGCUAAAGGCUACACACUUGGCCAUGACACUCCUCUCGGUCAACACAUGAAGAAGGUUAAAGAGAUCACCAGUAAUCUGAAAUAUAAGGAACUGUAUGAAAAGAACAAAGCUCAGAUCAACAUUGCUCCUGAUGCUUACGACAUCCGUGCUGCCAAGGAGGCCUACAAGAACAUCAGCAAUCUUGACUACAAAAAGAAAUAUGAAGCCACCAAAAAUAAGUGGAUUUGGACCGUGGACAGACCUGACUUUGUCCAUGCUGCCAAGAUCAACUUUCAGCAGAGUGAUGUUGAGUACAAGUAUGACAAGGAGAUGUUGAAAGGCUGUGUGAUGCCCGUCACAGAUGAUAAGUACACAGUUUUAGCCAAGAAGAACUCUGAGCUUUCCAGCGGAGUCAAAUACAAGCAAAAGUAUGAAGAAGCUAAAGGCCACUAUCAUGCUGUUCACGACACCCCUCAGAUCCUGCAUGCUAAAUCUGUGGCUGGUUUGGUUUCUGAGAGCAAAUACAAAUUGGCAAGUAAGAAGGAGCUCCAAUUCGGCUCCUUCACCACUCUGCCUGAGACCCGUGAGACAGCCCACAGCAAGGAGGUUGGCAAAAUAACAAGUUCUAAAUUGUACAAGGAGAAGUUUGAGAAGGCUAGAGGAAAGUCUGAGUACAACAAUAUGACUGUACCACCAGAUGUCCAGCAUGCCAUGGAAGUGGCCAAGAGCCAGAGCAAUAUCCACUAUAAACAGGAGGCUAAGGCCAAGCUGCACUACACCCCUGUUGCUGACCGUCCAGACAUCAUGAAGGCUACCCAGGCAGCCAAGCUCAUCAGUGAGAUUGGUUACCGUGACAAGGCUCGUCAAGAAGCCAGUCGUGGAGGAACUCUGGUCAACCGUCCUGAUAUUGCCUUGGCCACUGAAGUGUCCAAACUUACCAGUCAGGUGAAAUACAAGGAGAAGUUUGACAAGGAAAUGAAAGGAAAGAGACCCCAGUAUGACCUGAAGAACAGUAAGAUUUAUCAGACUCUGAAGGAUGCCAAUGUACUUGCAAGCGAGGUAAAGUAUAAGGGUGACCUGAAGAAGAUCCAUAAGCCUGUGACAGAUAUGGCAGAGUCUCUGUCCAUGCAGCACAACCUAAGCACCAGCAAGCUCUCUAGUGAUUACCAGUACAAGAAGAAAUUUGAGGAGAGUAGAGGUCACUACCAUUUGAUUCCUGACACACCUGAGCAGCUUCACCUCAAAGAGGCAUCAGAGCUGCAGAGUAACGUGAAGUACAAAGAGAAAUAUGAAAGGGAGAGAGGCAAGGCCAUGCUGGACUUUGAGACUCCUACUUACAUAAGUGCCAAAGAAGCACAGCAUAUGCAGAGCCAGAAAGACUAUAAGAAGGACUUUGAGGAAAGCAUGAAAGGCAGGAACCUGGUGGGCUUGGAGGUCACGCCUGCUAUGUUACAUGUCAGACAUGCCACCAAAAUUGCUAGUGAGAGAGAGUAUAGGAAGGAUCUAGAGGAAGGGGUGAAGGGUAAAGGGCUUACAGUGCUGGAGGAAACUCCUGAAUUACUAAGAGCAAAGAAUGCUACUCAUAUCCUAAAUGAGAGAGAGUAUAAGAAGGCACUGGAGCAAGAGAUUAAGGGAAAAGGAAUGUUAGCUUUGGCUAGUGAUACCCCAGACUUCUUGAGAGCUAAAAAUGCUACAGAUAUUCUCAGCCAGACUAAGUACAAGCAGAAUGCUGAGCUGGACAGGGCCAACUACACCACUGUGAUCGACACUCCGGACAUCAUCCAUGCUCAGCAGAUCAGGAACAUCGUGAGCCAGAAAAAGUACAAGGAGGAAGCAGUGAAGACCAUGUCUCAUUACAAUGCUGUUCUGGACACUCCUGAGAUGCAGAGAGUUCGGGAGAACCAGAGGAACUUUAGCACACUUCAGUACCAGACUGACCUUAAAAACAUUAAGGGCAAAUUUACAGCAGUAAAGGACACCCCUGAAAUGAUUCGUGUUAAAGAAAAUACAAAGAAUUUCAGCUCGAUUCAUUACAAGGAGGAUGUGGGAGAAGGGACUGCUAUUGCAGAAACACCAGAGAUGAAGAGAGUUAAACGCAAUCAGACGACUAUUAGCACGAUCAAAUACAAGGACCCACUAGGCCAAGGCAUAUCUAUACCAGAUCUUCCUGAGGUGAAACGUGUGCAAGAGACUCAGAAGAACAUAAGCUCGAUUCAAUACAAGGAAGACUUAGGAAGGGGAACUGCUGUAUCAGACACUCCUGAGAUGGAGAGAGUUAAACGCAAUCAGCAGAAUAUUAGCACGAUAAAGUACAAAGACCUAAUGGGGCAAGGGACAGCUAUACCGGACCUCCCAGAGGUGAAGCGAGUCCGAGACACUCAGAAGCACAUCAGCUCGGUUUUGUACAAAGACGCUUCUGGCAAAGGAACUGCUGUGGUAUUCACUCCAGAGAUGGAGCGUGUCAAACGGAACCAAGAACACAUUAGCUCGGUGAUGUACUCUGACAGCUUCCGUAAGCAGGUUCAGGGCAAGGCAGCUUUUGUACUGGACACUCCUGAGAUGAGACGUGUCAAGCAGAGCCAGCGAAUCAUCUCUGGUGUGCAGUACCACCAAGACUUUGAGAAGAACAAAGGCAGCUUCACUUCCACCACCAGUGACCUUGUGACAGAGCGUGUAAAGAGGAACAUGCAGGACUUCAGUGAUAUCAGCUAUCGUGGCAUUCAGAGGCGUGUGGUGGAGAUGGAGCGAAGACGCGUUGUAGAACACGACCAGGAAACCAUCGCUGACCUGCGUGUGUGGCGUACAAACCCAGGAUCUGUGUUCGACUAUGACCCUGCUGAGGACAAUAUCCAGUCCAGAAGUCUGCACAUGAUAUCAGUACAAGCUCAGCGCCGCAGUAAGGAGCAUUCCCGUUCCACCAGCGCCAGCGGCUUGGGAGAUGAAAAGUCUGAGCUGUCUGAGAAUGUGGACCACCAUAUGUCCGUCUACAGCAAUGGAUUCCAUGUUUCUUCAGGCUACCAGCAUGCUAAGACAGUGGAGCUUCAGCAGAGAUCAUCGUCUGUGGUCACCCAGCAGACCACCGUGUCCUCUGUACCAUCACACCCCUCCACUACUGGAAAAUCUGUACGUGCCAUGUAUGACUACGCUGCUGCUGACAGCGAUGAGGUGUCUUUCAAAGAUGGAGAUGUCAUAGUGAACGUACAGUCCAUAGAUGAGGGCUGGAUGUAUGGCACAGUGCAGCGUACUGGAAAAACCGGCAUGCUGCCAGCCAACUAUGUGGAAGCAGUCUAAUUCAAUCAGAAUACAACACAUCCACAGGGCUGAACAUGUCAGGCAUGUAGCUUGUUUAUGUUAAUUAGGGUUAGGCUUAGAAUAGUUAUGCUGCCCAUUUGUCAUUUUAUAAAUGCCAGUGUUGGCCAUUAUCUGUGGAUGUAAGACGAAAAACUGACAUUAUAUAGUACUUAACUAUUUAUCUUCUAUUGUUGUAGAGUAUUUAUGUUCCACACAGUGUAAUUGGGACUAAAGCCCACGAUUUUGUACAUUACUGACAAGUUCAAUAUCAGAUAUUUACGUGGUUUGAUUCAAGUCCCGAGUUCACACCACUGAAUCUUUUGCACAACAAUACUUUACACUAAAAAAGAUCCAUUAAAAGGUGAAAUCUUUAUAAACUCUGUGUAAAAUCAAAUAUGCUCAAGUAUAUGCCACCAGAAAUGACUUUCAAACUGCGAGCAGAUUCCAUCAGCUCCUCAAAUACAGGAAUAUGUACCAACAAAGUUUAAGAAUCAAGCCUCUUCCCUCCUUUGCUAACGGCUGGUUACACGUUUGUGUUGUGUGUUUUUUUCCCUUUUUGUUUCCCUAAGUCUAGGGUGAGAGUCAUUUUGGCUCAGUAGUUAAUAAAGCACACUACGCUUCUGCAAAA